AUGCCGUAUCCAAAAGUGGAUAACGAAGCUCCAAACCCGGAGGAUUACAUCAAUGACAGCCAUCGCAACUCUAGCAGCAAUGGCACAUUUGCCAACGACAAUCCCAACAACAUUGGCGGCCAACGCCGCGUUUCCAAGGCUACUCUGCUGCGCAACCCUCUAGCAGGUAUGACCCGAGCAGAGCUCCUUGCUGACGUUGACGCUUUCGUCGACUCCAAGGGUCUCCAAGAGCACCGUGAGGACUUUCGAAAGGGUGCUCUUGUCGCUCAGGUCAACAACACCCCAGGAGCAUUUGAGAAGAUUGACAUUGUGACCGAAGAGGAGAAGGCUAUUCUCCGGAAGGAGGAGACUUCUCGAUGGCAUCAACCCUUUGCCUUGUAUUUCCUUUGCACACUUUGUGCUGGAUCUGCUAUCGUGCAGGGUAUGGACCAGACCGCUGUCAACGGUGCUCAGGAAUUCUACUUUGACGAAUUUGAGAUCGAAAACGAAUGGAUGAAAGGUUUCCUUAACGGGGCUCCUUACCUCUGCUCUGCCCUCGUCGGAUGUUGGACCAGUCCUAUUCUCAACAAAUACACCGGUCGCCGCGGAACUAUCUUCAUCUCUUGUGCCAUCUCGACUAUUACUGGUUUCUGGAUGGCAGCUACCACCCAUCUCGCAAACUUCAUUGUUGCUCGUUUAAUGCUUGGUUUCGCUGUUGGUGCCAAAUCCAGUACCACCCCUGUCUAUUCCGCUGAAUGCACACCUAAGAAUAUUCGUGGUGCUCUCACAAUGAUGUGGCAAAUGUGGACUGCUUUUGGUAUUGCUCUUGGGUUUGUUGUUUGUGUUGCCUUUGAGAAGGUGACCUUCAUUGGCGGCCCAAACUCUCCCUGGCGAUGGAUGAUGGCUUCUACGUCUGUGCCUCCACUGAUUGUCAUGCUUCAAGUCUACUUUUGCCCAGAGAGUCCUCGUUGGUACAUGGAACGGGGCGAUUACAACAAGGCCUUUCGCUCUGUUCGAAAGCUUCGAUUCAACUCUGUUCAAGCCACCCGAGACAUGUACUACGCCUAUAAGCUACUUGAGAUCGAGCGCAGUGAAAGAGAGGGUCGAAAUCUGGUCAAGGAAUUCUUCACUGUUCGCCGAAACCGACGUGCUGCCCAGAGUGCCUGGUUCUGCAUGUACAUGCAGCAGUUCUGUGGUGUCAAUGUAAUUGCCUAUUACUCUACCUCCAUCUUCCGUAACGCCGGUUACAGCCUCUCCGAGGCCCUUCUUGUUUCCAUGGGAGGAGGCAUCAUCAACUUCCUCUUCGCCAUUCCUGCCAUCUAUACUAUUGACACGUUCGGUCGAAGAAACCUGCUUCUUGUUACCUUCCCUCUCAUGGCGGCAUGUCUCUUUUUCACUGGCGGCGUGUUCAACAUCAGCGACCAGAAGACUCUCAUCGGCACCGUAACCACAGGUCUUUAUCUCUUUAUGGCUGUCUAUUCACCUGGUCUCGGCCCUGUCCCUUUUACUUACAGUGCGGAAGCAUUCCCUCUUCAUAUUCGAGAUAUCGGUAUGGCAUCUAGUACUGCCAUCACAUGGGGAUUCAACUUCAUCAUCAGCUUCACCUGGCCAGCCUUGGAACGGGCAUUCGGUAUAACUGGUGCUCUCAGCUGGUACGGAGCUUGGAAUAUCUUUGGUUGGACUUUCUGCUACUUCCUUCUCCCCGAGACGAAGAACUUGACUCUCGAAGAACUCGACAUGGUUUUUGGUGUAAGCAACCGAGAGCACGCAUCCUACUAUGUGCGAAAGUUUCCUUGGUACAUAAAGAAGUACUUCCUUCGCCAAGAUGUUCCUCCUUUCCCUCCCCUGUACGAGUUUGCUGCCAAUGAUGGUCAUUACCCCCAGGAGAAGCCGGACACAAAGCAUGUCGAAGGAAACAACCUCAGUCCUGACUUUGGAGACAAGGAACUCAUCUCGGAACGUAGAUAA